AUGUCACUACGCAACACGGAAACGAUGCAGGCACACGAGUCGGACGCGGAUGAGCUUCCUCCGCCGCCUCGGGUCACUGCACCUUCAACACCGUCAAGUGGAAGAACAACGAAGAGUGCGGCGGACCCAGAUAAUUUUCGACCGAGACUGUUCUCCUCGGUCUCUCGCAGAAAGACCGACGAUGAUGUCGAAAUGGCCCAUGACUUGCGCGCAGAUGUGGGCGAAGGCUCAUCCUCUACUAGGAUCGCGCACAACCGCUCUGUGAAACGGAGUCAGACAUUACCAACUGUCCCAUUGUCACUCUCGAAGACGACAGCAGCCCACUUGUCUACGCCAUCUUCUCUCAAGGGGAGAUCUUGGGGGUCAUCAAAGUCCGUUCGCGAUUCCGACGAAGAACGAGUACCGGUAACACCCUCCACUGGACGAACCACCAGCAGCGCAGGUGAACCAGCCUCUAUUCGAGCGAAUUUAUUUUCCUCUGUUCCCGCAAAGGUAACGACCUCCGGUGUCGACGUCACAAUGGAGGAAGACUCAGACCCGGAUAGCAGUGUGUUUUGGCCACCACGUUCCACGAAGAGUGCGGGCAAAAGGCCAUAUAGGCCGAUGCCUCGAAGACGGAUCUCACCAUCGGAGCCUUCGACCUCCACGAUUUCUACAUCGUCAUCGUCGUCUUCCCUUGCAUCGUUAGCGCAAGUUGCCCCAGCAGCUCCCAACAAUCCAAUCGAAGCGUUCAAGUACGCUGCCCCAUCCACGCCGAUGAGGUCUCAUACACGACCUAAAAUAACAACUGCACAGGCAGCGUCUCCUGACGCUGUUCGCGCGAAGUUAUUUGGCAUGCGCGGAUCAGCGAGCGUCAAUGACUCUGACUCUGAUGCGGGUCCAUCCUGGCCGUCGCCAACAAGGAAGGCCGCCCCAAUAAGGGCCCCUCCAACCACUUCGCACUCGUCGUCAAGCUCUUCAACUUCCUCCCUCUUUAAAACUCUCGCCAAUACGUCCGUUUCGACGCCGGCAACUGACGUCGACAUGGCGGAUUUAACAGCUACGAAGCCAGACACGGCUCCUCCGCCGCCAUCGUGUGUCUCGGGGGGUAUCUGGGACAUGCUAGAUGACAGCGUUCAGGUGUGCACUAUUGCGUACGACGAGGAGGUACAGGCGCUGGCUCGAAAGCAUCGCUUCUCGUUCGGCGUUCAAUUUGAGUUAGCUCGGGGCGUCGUUUCGGAUCGUUGGACGUGGGAUGAAGUGAAGACCAAGUUGAAAGAGGAGAGGGAGGUUGAAAUUGACGGAAACGGAAAGACGGCGACGUGGUCUGUUGACCCCCAGCGCCAUUACUACGCCAAGUCGAGGAAGACAGGUGCUGCUCUUUUAGAAGGCGAUAACGUCGAUGUUGCCUGGCGAGUGGGCGAGCUCAUGUUGGGAAAGCAGAAGAAGAAGCCUGACCUCGAGCUCUGUCCUCUGUUCAUGAUGGAAUUUAGGCGCGAGUUGGAUAGAGAGGAGAAGGCGAUGCAGGAGGGGAAGGGGCGCGGCCUCGGGUUGAUGGGGGAUUGGGAAUCGUGUCCCAACUGGUACGGCGGACGCAUCCAGGUCGUCUUUCGUCUCCAUAAAAUUGCGGAAGGGUUCAAGGUCCUCGUCGAGCCGCUGGAAAGUCGACGGUCGCAUUACUUUUCGAGGAUGCUUGGAUCGAGACGCCUAGCUCAGAUCAAAAUCCCUGACGAUUACCUUCUGCAGGACAUCCAAGCAGUUCGAACUUUUCUGAGGCAGCGGUUCGUCUUCAUGGGCGCGUCGUACCUGCCGUAUCACGCAAAGGACGGCAACAGCGUCUAUUGUAUCGACACCACUUCUGGGGGAAGUAGUCUCAGUACCUUUAGUUCCGUUUGCGAGUGGCACAAUCCUAUCGAGAGGAACUUCCGGCAGCCGAUCGCGAAAUACUCCACCCGAAACACGAUCGGGUUCUCCAACUCCGUCCCAGUAUUGGAAUUCGCCGACGAAGAUAUACACUUCGACUUCCCCGAUCUGGUGGCUACGGAGGGAUUGGAGCCGGGCGUCGAGCCGUUAUCUCAUCAGUUGAUGACCGACGGCUGUGGCUUUAUGAACCGCACCGCGCUACUAGUGCUGAAGGUCAUCAUGGGGCUAGAAUCUCCUCCGAGUUGCGUACAAGGUCGUAUCGCAGGCGCAAAGGGUGUUUGGGCGCUACAUCCUACGGAUACUUCCCUCCGCCCCAUUAUUUGGAUACGUCCCUCACAAAACAAGAUAAAACUCCCCCGGCCACUCGAUCGAGCGCAUCGCAUCUUCAAUCUCCUGCGCACUUCCCGUCGAUCAGACUCGUGUUCGCUCUCCAUCCAAAUCAUUCUGAAUCUCUCGCAUAAUCAUGUUCCGCACGAGACGUUGGUUAGGAAGCUGGAGGAAGGGCUGCGCAUGGAGUUGCAGCCGCUGAUGGAGUGGACACGCCCACGGGCGAUGGAACAACUCUGGCACGCGGUUGCUCGAUUAGGGCGCAUCGCUUUGGGCAGGGCGGCUCGGGUAGCUAGAGUGGAGAGCCGGGCGUUAGGGCUCUCCGGCCGGGAUCGAGUCGAAGUCGAGGCGGAGGCGGAGGAGGGCGUUCGAGACAUCGACGACGUCGAGGAACCCGCCCGACCCGCCUACACCGGCCGAAAUAGCUGGAGCGGUCUCCCUAUUACCGCACAUGAAACCGUUGUGGAGGCUAUUCAAGCGGGAUUUAAACCCAACGAGUCGCAUUUUCUUUAUGAAAAACUUCACACCGUUUUCAAAUAUACAAUCGACAAUGCGACAAAGGAUUACAGGCUCCCAGUUAUGCAGUCUACGACUGCUAUCAUGAUACCUGAUCCGAUUGGCAUCUUGGAAGAAGGUCAAGUUUAUUUCAAGCCCUCAAGCCCAUUUCGACAUCCUGUCACGGGAGAACUCCUACACCAGCUGGAAGGUGACGUCUUGGUAAAUCACAUAUCCUCUAGAUAUCCUAUGCGUCUAGCAUCAGACGUCCAGAAGGUGGAGGCUGUCGACGUCCACGAGUUCCAAAGCUACGUCGAUGUCCUUAUCCUACCCACGAAGGGUUCACGAUCACUGGCGAGCGUCUUGUCUGGUGGCGACUACGACGGCGACGAAGAUGUCAUAAUUUGGGACCCAGAAAUCGUUGCGCCGUUCCGAAAUCACCCUAUCGUCGACGAGCCCGAAAGCUUCUUAGCAGACCACUUCGAGAAACAAGUAGAGAAAGUCCCGGAAUUCUGCCAGAGGCUAAACAACGUUCCGAAAGCUGAGGCGCAGAGUUCCAUCUUCGACAUUUUGCUUCUGAACGUUUGUGACUCCAAGGUUGGGUUGUAUUCGAAGUUCCAUGACUGCGCCGUCUGGCAAUACGGGCUCAAUCACCCCAGCGCUAUCUUAAUGGCGUACAUGUUCAAUACAGUCUUAGAUGCGCCGAAGACUGGAUUACAAGUUAAGAAACUGUCUUUCGAUAGUCACCGAAACCAGUUCAAUCAUUCGACGCCUUGGGAUCCCCCUUCGUAUGACUCAAGCCCACCUUCACGGGAAGCUCGAGGGGAAUUUGUGCUUGAUAAUUUGAGGGACGCUGGACAAGGACUUAAAGAUAAGUACCUUGAAGAAUUUGAACAUAUCCCCACCGAGUGCGAUGAAAAAACGAGAGACAUACGCGAUGUGUCGUUGCUGGAACCAUACCUCAGUGCCAGAAGGAUCGCAGCGAUGUUACCGGAGUCAUUCCCCGCGUUUCGAGACGAGCUUGAUUCUCUUGCUGAACAUGUUCGGCGACACAUCAAGCUCUACGCCACGGAUACUUUCAAAGAUAUCAAGAAAUCACCAUAUGAAGAAACUCGCAGGAAAAAGAGGGGGAAGAACAAGAGCGCGAGUGGCGACGAGGCCUCGCUAGCCCGACUCGUCAAGUCGUUUUACUCGACCAUGCCGGAGUUGGCGUUCACCCCCCAUCCUGAAUCUGUGGCAGCGUCGUACGCGUAUCAAGAGCACCCUCGCUUUGCCUUUACGGUCGCCUUCAAGACGCUGGGGACUCUCAAGGCGCUGUCCACGGAGGGUGGUAUCGCGCCGUGUACGAGAAGCUUCGACGAAGGUAGAGUGAUGUCGAGCGCCUUUCUUAGGGCCAUUCAAAAUGGCGACGACGACUAG